GCGGCCAAUUGCGAGCCAAGGAGGGCGCGCGCGAGCCGCCUGCCUGCGGUGUAGACCGAAAGCUUGUGCUUCGCUGCGCUGACAUUUUUUUGGCGAUGCCUGCUUUUACUCUGGCUCUCUCGCUCGCGAGCCCUGCUGUACCCGGGCCCCCUGCACUGUCUCUACCACUCCUGCCGCCGACGCAGCCGCUGCUGUCGUCUAGUCCGGCUCGCUCCUAGCACCGCCGACGCCGCCACCACCACUACAGCCAUCACCAGUCCCACCGCAGCGGACACGGCGGAGGCGGAGGAAGAAGAGGCGGCGGAGGAGGCGGCGGCAGUGGCAGCAGCUGAUCCUCUGCCUCGGCGGCUGCCAUCCCUGCUGCGCUGCUGCCAGACGUAAGGUGCUGCUCCGGUAGCGUGAGCUGAACGGGGAUGAUCCUAGGCAGUCUGAGCCGGGUGGGCCCAAUCCCGGCCAUUCUGCGCCCGCCGCCCGCCAUGAUGCAGCCGCCCCUCGAUCUCAAGCCCUUCCUGUCAUUCCCUGUGGAGGCGCAGCCGGCCGUGGGUCUCUUCCCAGGUUUCAACACGGUAAGGCCGUGGUUGCUUCUGGCCCAGGAGAUGCAGGCUCGGAUGGACCCAGUGCAGAAGGCAGUGAUCAACCACACCUUUGGGGUACCAAUAGCAAAGGCCAAGCGCCCCAUCAUCUCUUGCAACGUCUGCCAGAUCCGAUUCAAUUCUGAGAGCCAAGCUGAAGCACACUACAAGGGGAAUCGCCACGCGCGGCGAGUAAAGGGGAUUGAGGCAGCCAGGACGCGGCAGAAGGAAUCGGGAGCCCGAGAGGGAGACAAACCAGGACCCAUGGGUAGUCCAUCCUCUAGCACUGGGGAGAGUGAUUCUGACCGCACAGCUGAGCAGCUGAACGGCAUUGGAGGUUCAGUGACAGCACCCCCUGUGCUUGCUCCCACCUCUCCCAAUAAGCAGCCCUGCCUGGCGUCUCCAGCAGCAGCAGCAGCAGCACUGCCUCCGCCACCGCCAUCCCACUCAGCCCCCUGCCCGGAGCCUAGCCAGAGUUCCAAGAGUGGGCUAGCCUGGGGGACCAAGGUGGGAGAGAUCUCGACAGCGGCUGCAGCUCCAGCCACUUCAGGGUUGGCACCCAAUAGCAACAGCAACCCCAAGCCUGAUGAAGAGAAGGCCAAGAAGCUGUUGUACUGCGCUCUCUGCAAAGUGGCUGUCAAUUCGCUGUCUCAGCUCGAGGCCCACAACAAAGGUACAAAGCACAAGACUAUCCUGGAAGCACGCAGUGGGUUGGGGCCUAUCAAGGCAUAUCCACGCCUGAGCCCCACGGCUGGAGGGGAGCCAGGCAACCAAGACCCCAGUGCUCAGGAGAGAACCUUCCACUGUGAAAUCUGCAACGUCAAAGUCAACUCGGAGAUCCAGCUCAAACAGCACAUUUCCAGCCGGCGGCACCGGGAUGGAGUAGCUGGGAAGCCCAACCCUUUGUUGAGUCGGCACAAGAAGCAGCGAGGGAUGGCAGAGCUGCCGGGCUCCCUGGCCUUCCCCAAAGAGCUUCCCAAGUCAUUGGCAGCUGGAUUGCUGCCCAGUCCUCUGGCUGUAGCAGCGGCCAUGGCGGCAGCUGCCUCCACGCCCCUGACGCUGCGAGCUGCCCCAACGCCACCGCUGUUGCAGGGCCCGCCUCUGACGCACCCGCUCCUGCGCCCGGCUCCAGGGCCCAUCCGAACUGCACAUGGACCCAUCCUCUUCUCGCCGUACUGAUGCCACCCGUCCACUCGCCUGCCACAAUCCCGGGACUCCUGGCACCACUGGAACUGCUCCCCUCCCGGCAACUAGCAACAGGUCCCGGCAAUGUCACACGGCGCCCAGCCCCAUCCAAUGGGAGCAACUUUACUUUCUUGUUUGUUUGUUUGUUUUCCUCUUUUUCUUUGUAACUGGAAAUGGAAAUAUUUUUCUGAGAAGAGAAAAGGGACAAUCCCGCCCUCACAAGCACACGCACCCCACACACACAUGCACCCGCUCUCAACCCCACCUGGGGUCCUGGCCAAAUCUGCACAAGCGCUGGGUUCCCCCACAGGCUGGGGCAGGGUGUGUUUGUGUAUGUGUGUGUGAGUCACAUCUCCCGAGGUACAAAAGAGUGGGGAGUGACGGUGCCUCCCCAGGACUCUGUGGAGCAUUGAAAGGGGAGGCAGUUCUGGUACCUCAGGGACUGAUCAGCAAGCAAUCUCCUUUCAUCCCAGAGCUAAGGGGGGCCCUUGACCCACCCCCAACCCACUCAUACAAGCCAUUGUCCACUUGCACUGAGAGGGGUGGGUGUGCUUGUGUGUGGGACAGAAGACAGGGCCUCCAGAAAAAAGAGCCCCUAUUGCAAUAAUGCUGGCCGGCACCCCCAUGUAGAUAUCUCCUUGGUUUCCCCACCUUCCCUCUGUGCUGGCCCCACCUUCACUGCGCUUCCACACAAUGCCCCCGGCCCUGCCACCGCUGCACUUCGACAAGAGACUGGCAGAGCAGUUACUGUGCUCCCAUUGCCCUCACUCCCAUUCCUCCUGCACUCAGAGGCAGACAGACAUAAACCCAGUAUCAGAAGCAUCAGUUCCUAUUCAGAAGUGACAUCCAUGCACUUGGGCCAGACAGCUCUUCUCUCCUCUCCUCCACCACCUCACCCCGCCUUGUCAGGAAAGUCAAGGGAAUGUGGGCUGUCUUGUUUUGCUUUUAAGAGGUUACGUUUUAUCAGAUCUGGAGGAAUCGGGAACACCUCUGAGUUGAGAAAGUACAAUCCCUUCACCAAGCCUGAAAGCCAUGUGAUGGCCGUGUGUGUGUGCGAGUGCAUGUGUGUGGUGAUGGACUGGGACUUGCACUGCUAUCUCACUGAGAUCCAGAGCAGGAUCAGGGGCUUUGAAUCAUCCAACUGGGUCUGUAGGUUGCUAGCCUAGACUCUUGGCUCCUACGUGAAGAGUAGGAAUCUCUUCUAUGGAGUUCCCUACAUCUCUUUCUGCCUGUAGACCUUUCCUUUGGGUUAUUUGAACUGUUACCAUGGUAGCAUAACAUCUCGCUCUCACUCCUGCCCCUUCCCCUUUUACGGUUUCUACCGAGUUGGGUCAUCCCUCCACCCUUUUCUUGAGUGGGUAGGACAUUAACCAAGAGUCCAGGUCGUUCAUAUCCUGGAGAUUAAACAACCUCCUCCUCUCCAGGCCUCCUUCUCUAAAGCCCAACCCCACCCAGAAUGCAUAAAAUUCCAGAUGCUUGUUAAAUUCCCUGGCACGCAUCCUAGUUGGCGUCUAUCUGUGGAUUUUGCGUGUGUGCAUGUACAUUUGUGUGUGCUGAUUAAUAGAACGAUGGAGGUUUGGGUUCUCUCUUUCCUUCACAUGCACGCACACGCAUGCACCAUGGCCUGCAGCUUCCCAUCUCCCCCAAAGAGAAGAACAACACAAGACCCAGCAUAGUACCCCAUAGCCCAGGGAGGAAGGUCUUCCAUGCCAUGGCCAAGACACUGGCCACGCUCCUCUCCCCUGCCCUCUGCCCCUUACAAAACUGUGACUACAGUUCAGAGCAAUAGAGACACUGGUGUGUGGGGGGAAAUGGGACCUGCCUUUCCCCCAGCUGGCAUGAAUCACGCCAGUCCUGCCCCAUGUUACCUCAGUCCUUUGAAGCCCACAGGGCAACCUGUCCCCCGCUGUCCAUCUGCUCGGCUCAUCCCAGGUGUCCUGUUCACCCCAGAGUGUCUGUCUCUCCAUCUGCCAUCCGUCUGUCCAUGCUAGACUUUCUCCUUGCCCUGUCCCCCCUUCUCUUUCUUGCUGACACCAAUGCCUUUCUGCUUCCAUCCCAUAUAGCACCUUUGACACACACACCCCGCCCCUUGACAACAAUAAAAGUGAUAAGGCUUA